AUGAGUCCCAUUCUCGAGCCGCGAUAUGGCGCAAACGAGAUCAUCCAGCUGGAUCCGAGAAAAGGGGAACGGGAUUACAGCAUAUUGAUCAUCAACCCCAAUACCUCAACGCAUAUGACCGAAGGCCUGAAGCCUAUAUUGGCCAGCAUGAACUACCAAGACGUGCACUUCGAAUACUUCACUGCUCCAGACUCCACCCUGGAUAUCGACGGAGUCGAGAUCGAGCCAAUCGCCAGCAUCAAUAACGCCGAAGAAUCGUGCAAAUCGGCAUUGAAUUGCUGGCCCGUACGGGAGUUUAUCGGCAAUUACGACGCUUUUCUCGUAGCGUGUUACUCCGCGCAUCCAUUCGUCGGCAGACUCAGGGAGGACAUCACGGCAAGCGAAGAAACGAGCUCGACGAGAAAUAGAUAUGUCACUGGAAUCUUUGAAGCAUCCCUCACCGCUGCGCUCUCCUUGGUUAGUGGGUUCACGUUGAGAGAUCCAAUCAACCCAGCAGAGAGGCUACACAAGUACCAAGGGAAGGGCAGCUUUGGCAUUGUCACCACUGGCUCUGCGUGGAAGGAGGAGCUCACCAAUGCAGUCCAGGGAGCGCUGGGUUACGACUUCGAGGACGGGAGCUCUAUACACUUUGCGGGUGUUGAGACCACCGGCCUGACAGCCGUUGAGCUGCACACCACGGAGCCGGAGGAGGUGCGCCGGCGGAUCAUCGAUGCCACCCGCAACCUGCUUCGCAACUCGGAAUCUCAUGUUAAGGUUGUGUGUCUGGGCUGUGCUGGUAUGGCUGGCAUGGAGGAAGCGGUACGGGAGGGCUGUACUCAGGAAUACGGAGAUACAGAAGGCCGACGUGUACGGAUUGUCGACGGGGUGGUUGCCGGUGCUGGCAACCUCAUCACAGCAUUGAAGGCAGGAUUCUAG